CCGACACAGGACGGAUUGGUAUGGUGCCUCCUGGGCUUGAUGCCCACACGUUAAGACCUAUGUGAAGGACCUGAGAGAGACUGGAGGCUGCGUGAAUUCCGAGACAGAUGAUAAAGGAAACAGCCUUGUUCUUUUGGGGCGUGGGCGAGAACAUGUUGAUUUCUGAAAUUGGGCUCCUAGGAUAAGCCAGUCUAGAGCAGGAACCUGAGCUCGAGUCUGUGAUGAGGAGGGCUCUUGCUACACAAAAACCUAUGUGGCGCCCCGGGUAUUAUAUAAGCCCUUGGCAGGAGGGGAGAUAGUCCGGUCUGUGCGCUUCGGCCGCCGCAGUCGCAGCGGCCACGGCGCAGCAGCAGCAGCGAGAGCCGCUCAGGUUGAUUUAGAACGCGGGUGACAGUGGCCUGGCGCGAGCCUGCGGCUGACGACAGCGGCUGAGCCCGCUCGGUUUCCAUGGAGACGGGCAGGAGCCGCGGCGGCGGCGGCGGCGGCGGCGGCGGCGGCGGCGGCGCGGCUGUCAGCGAGCGCGGCGACGCGCGCGCGGGGGUCUGCAGGAGGCAGGAGCAGGCCGGGGCCCUCGCCGCAGACAUGGACUCGCAUUGUGAGUGCGCCGCGGAGACGCCCGCCGCAGAGCCGCCGUCGGGGAAGAUCAAUAAGGCUGCGUUCAAGUUAUUCAAGAAGAGGAAAUCGGGGGGGACCAUGCCCAGCAUUUUUGGGGUCAAAAACAAAGGGGAUGGGAAGAGCGCGGGGCCGGCGGGGAUGGUGAGAAGCAGGACCCACGACGGACUAGCGGAGGUACUGGUGCUGGAGGGCAGCAAGAAGGAGGAGCCGCCCGGCGGGGGCGAUCACGGUGGGGCCCGGCCGAACCCCGGGCCCCCCAAAGCCGCCGGGCCUGGUCUGGGCUCUCUGGCCAGCAGCUCGGUGGCCAAGUCCCACAGCUUCUUCUCCCUGCUGAAAAAGAACGGGCGAUCCGAGACCGGCAAGGGGGACCCUGCCGAGGCGAGCAAGGCUGGCGGCAAACAAAAGAGGGGGCUGAAAGGGAUCUUCAGCAGCAUGCGCUGGCACCGGAGGGACAAGCGCGGCAAGGAGGAGGAGGAGGAGAAGGCGGCGCGCGCGGCGGGCCCCGGCAGCCUAGUCCUGCCCGGCUCGCUCACCGCCAGCCUGGAGUGCGUCAAGGAGGAGCCGCCCCGAGCCGCGCGCCGCCCGGACAGCCCGGGCCAGGACGCCCCGCGACACGCAGCAGGUGAGCCCGAAGGGGGAGAGCAGGCGCCCGCGUCCGCCGAGCGCGCCCCGGCGCGGACCUGCCUCGAGGCCGCGAGCCCCGCCGGCCCUGGCGACCAGAGCGCCCGGGGAGAGGACGCCGAGGGGCACUGGCGCGCGGAGAAGCCCGGGGCAGCCCUCGAGUCGGGAGCCGGCGAGGUCCAGGCGGCCGAGGAUGCGUCCAGGACAGGUGACGUUCCGAUAAAGACCGUCCCCCUUGUCGACUCCGAAGGUGGCAGCGGCCGGGCGUCUGCCGUCCCUGACCCUUCCUCUGUUGAUCCACCCUCAGACCCGUCGGCAGAUCGUAUUUGUUUGAUGUUUUCUGACGUGACUUCACUGAAAAGCUUUGACUCUCUUACAGGCUGUGGAGAUAUUAUUGCAGACCCAGAAGAAGAGGCAGGCCCCAGCUGUGACAAGCAUGCCCCCGGGCCAGGCAAGCCAGUGCUCUCUAAAAAGAACACCAGCGUGGUGGCCUACCAAGGAGGAGGGGAGGAGAUGGCCAGCCCGGAUGAGGUGGACGACACCUAUCUCCCGGAAUUCUGGGACAUGUUGUCCCAGACUGAGGACCAAGGACAAGGGCCCCAAGAGGGCGCAGCGAAGGCUGCCACUGCUUCGGACACCAAACUGGCCCCCGAGACCUCCAAUGAUGCCCGGUGUGGGGAAGUAGUCAAGGACGUGUCCUCUGUCAAGCGCAGGAGGCUCCACAGGAUCCCCAUUGAGGCUCAGCAGAAGGAUGAGCCAAAGCACCCGGAGAAGGAGCAUCAAGAAGGCGUCCCUAACAGCGACGAGGGCUACUGGGACUCCACCACUCCUGGUCCAGAAGAAGACAGCGCCAGCAGCAGUAAGAAGGCAGUCAUCCCCAGGGAUAGCGACAGUGGCGAUGCUCUCUAUGAUCUCUACACUGAACCCGAAGGAAGCCCAGCCGCCCUUCCUGCCACAGAGGACCCACCUUGCUUGUCCCGGCUAAAGCCCGUGUCUCCAGGCACCAUCACCUGUCCACUGAGAACACCAGGCAGCUUGCUGAAGGACUCUAAAAUCCCCAUUAGCAUCAAGCACCUCUCCAACCUUCCAUCCAGCCAUCCUGUGGUGCACCAGCAGCCAGCCAGGAGUGAGAUGCCCAGAACAAAAAUCCCCGUUUCCAAAGUGCUGGUCCGCAGGGUCAGCAACCGGGGUUUGGCUGGGACCACCAUCAGGGCAGCAGCAUGCCAUGACAGUGCCAAAAAGUUGUGAGGUCUCCAAGGCCAAGGAGGAUGGAUGUUCUGUGAGUUAAGGAAUACAACUUUUCCCCCCCGGAAACCACUGAAGGAAGUUUGCUUUCCCCAAAGCAAACCAUUUAGGACCCACCCUUCUCCAUAUGGGCCAGAAGUCUUUGUUGGAGACAGGGACAGGGCACCCUGGAAGGGUGAUUUUACACCUGGAGUUCAGAUAAGUUCCUGAGAAUUCUUUUCUAGCACUUCUUUUUCUUUUAACUUUUAAAAAAAUCUGGUUUUUUUUCUUCUGCUUUUUUCCUUUAAUUCAUGGAUCAGAAGUCGCCUUCCCUUGCUUUUGCAGAAAAUAAAAUUUAACCAAAUCUAACAAAUAUUUCAUGCCAGGAUAUCGGGCUGUUCUAGAGUCAAGAGGGCCUUGUGGAAUCACUAACAACAGAAUUCUUGCCUCUCUUUCCAGGAAAACAAAAACCAAAACAAACAAACAAAAAAAGACCCUUUGCUUAUUAUCACUGUGUGGGAAACACCUGCAAAGCCUAAAGAUCCAUAUAGCUAUGUGAUGAGAAGAGGGACUGCUGGCUGGCAGAAACCCCCACUCCAACAGCCAGUUGCCAGACACACAAAUAGGUAAAGAUCUAUCUCUACAGAAACAGAAAGGUUUUAGUUUGGCUGGUUCAGAUCAUUUGUCUGAGGAGAAAUAAAAGGCUCGUGAUUAGUUUA